CUGCUCCCUCUGAAUUGGCUUUAUUCCUCCUUUUCUGCUGUUCCCUUCACUCUGUCAUUCUGGGGGCAGAAUUGGCCCAUUUUCCUUCCCUGGUCCCAUUCAUGCCUCUGCCCCCUUCCCGCCUGUCCCCCGGUCCCAUUCAUGCCUCUGCCCCGUUCCCAUUCAUGCCUCUGCCCCCUUCCCGCCUGUCCCCCGGUCCCAUUCAUGCCUCUGCCCCGUUCCCAUUCGUGCCUCUGCCCUGUUCCCGGCUUUCCUUCUCCUGCCCCCAGGACCCGCCUGCCCAGGGGGUCACUCCUGGAGCCCAGACUUGGACAAGUGCAUGGACUGCACCAUCUGCCUCCACCUCACCAAGAACGAUUUCUGCACCACGUGUGGGGAGCCCCGGCCCCAGGACACCCGGCAGUGGCUGGUCGUGGGCGGCGUCUUGGGGGGCGUCGCCGUGCUCGGCCUGGUGGGGGGGGCGCUGCUGUGGGCUCGCUGCCGGAAGAAGGAGAAAUUCACCACCCCCAUAGAAGAGACUGGAGGUCACUCGGGUGAAGAGUCACUGAUACACUGAUGGUAAGAG